UGGUGGUGGUGGAACAGCAAAAUUCACUGAAUACCGUACCGAUAAUAAUUGCGUCAACGCAGAUUAUAAAUCAAUUGUUCACUUAAUUAAACAUUAUCUCAUAAUCUCAGUUGUAGGAUACAAUUAAAAAUCUGUUUUAAUAAAUUAUUUAGCUCGUCCCGUAAUAGGCUACUAACUGAAUUAGUGAUGCAUCAACAUCAGCUGAUUGGAGUGUUUACAUUUGCAAUUACGAGAACAUUGUGCCUGUUGGGAAGCUCUUCACUGUUACCAACCCGAUGUGCUUUAUGCAGGAAAAUCUUAUUACUUUUAUGAACGCAACGCUGAGAUAAGCAAAUUGUAGGUUCCCUGUUUUCUUGGUGACGCUUGAAGAGGCAAGAACAGCUUUGUUGGCUGGAAAUUCUGAGACAUUUCCUGGCAGGCAAUUUAGCUUGGGGUGUCCUUUUCCUGCCAACGGCCUCACUUAUAAGAGGCAGAGAUGAGCAGCACCCAGAUGCCUGUACCUCCGCAUCCUCUUCCCCCCGCCACCUCAUGCCCGCAGGGUGAAGGAGGGCAGACCCCGUCUAUGUCCCCUCCCUGUGGGGCACACAACGGGGGAGAGGCUGUCGUGGGUGCUGUCAGCCCUCCCCCUGAAGACUCUGCCACGUCCCCCAGCCCCAGCUCACCACAAGACAACUUUGUUAUCCUCAAGGGGAGUCUGGUGAGCCCCACGGAGCAGGAGUACGAGCAGCUGACGGCGUGGCUGGCGGGGAAGCUCACAGCCGGUGGUGGGGAGACCGUGGUGGACGUGGGCACCGGGGCGGACGACUCAGUGUCGGGACUGCCACCCGCCGACUACGCGGCGUCUGUGGCCGGUCUCCGGGCGCUGGCGGAGGCCGCGUCCGCGUCCUGCGUUCUCCUGAGGGAGCGUCCGGGGGGCGGGGGGACCAAGACCCAACCUCACCUCAUGGGGCAGUACCUCGUCAGGAGGCGGGCUGACACUUGUGACUUCAUGGAGGUCAGGGUGGCGGUGGUGGGCAAUGUAGACGCAGGCAAGAGCACGCUGCUGGGGGUGCUGACGCACGGCGAGCUGGACAACGGACGUGGCCACGCGCGCCUCAAGCUCUUCCGCCACAAGCACGAGAUGGAGUCUGGCCGCACCAGCAGCGUCGGUAACGACAUCCUCGGCUUCGACAGCCAAGGUCAGGUGGUGAACAAGCCUGAUCACGGCCACCUGGACUGGGUCAAGAUCUGCCGGGACUCGAGUAAAGUGAUCACCUUCAUCGACCUGGCGGGGCACGAGCGCUACCUCAAGACCACAGUCUUCGGCAUGACUGGUCAUCUGCCUGACUUCACCAUGCUUAUGGUGGGGGCCAAUGCUGGCAUCGUGGGCAUGACGAAGGAGCACCUGGGUCUUGCCCUGGCCCUGAACGUGCCCGUGAUGGUGGUGGUGACCAAGAUCGAUAUGUGCCCCCCCAACGUAAUGCAGGACACUCUCAAACUCCUACACAAGAUCCUCAAGAGCGCAGGAUGCAGGAAAGUCCCCCUGCUGGUCAGGACGCAGGACGACGUCGUCGUCGCGGCCACCAACUUCGUCUCUGAGAGGUUGUGCCCAAUAUUCCAAGUGAGCAACGUGGACGGCACCAACCUGCACCUGCUGACGAUGUUCCUGAACCUGCUGGCGGUGCCUCGUGGUGGGGGCGACGACGAGACCCAGCCUCCACACUUCCAGAUAGACGACACCUACCAAGUGCCAGGCGUGGGUGUCGUGGUAUCGGGGACGUGCAUCGCUGGGGUGAUCCGUGUCAACGACACCCUCCUGCUGGGGCCCACGGGCACGGGCGAGUUCAUCCCCAUGCCCGUCAAGUCCAUCCACAGGAAGAGGAUGCCCGUUAGGGAGGU